AUGCCUCUGUUCGACGAUGAUACUCACGAGAAAAUUGUUCUUGUUAUCUCUCCACUCAAUGCAUUGGAGCAUGACCAGGCAGAGAGAUUUAAAAGCAUGGGGCUCGAAGCGACCGCUGUGAAUGGAGAAGUGUACAAUCCCCGUCUACAUAAGGAGAUUGUCUCUGGAAAGUACAGGCUGCUACUGACUUCCCCGGAGAUGUGCCUAGAACAUGCGGCAUUCUCCGCGCUUAUGCGCUCGCCCGAGUUCAUGAAGAAUAUUGCGAGUAUUGUAGUCGACGAAGCACAUUGUAUCUCGCAGUGGGGAGGGGAUUUCCGCAAGAAGUUCGCCGAGUUAGAGAAACUUCGUUCAUUUGUACCACGGCAUAUUCCAUUUCUCAUCACUUCUGCGACACUCCCGCCACCCGUCCUUUCCGAAGUCCACUCAAAACUUCACUUUGACGCGGAAUCUACAUUUCACCUCAAUCUCGGGAAUGAUCGCCCAAAUAUUACACCCAUUGUGCAGCGCCUGUCCGGUGGUGCCUCUGCCCUGAACAACCUUGAUUUCCUGGUCAAGGACGCAGCCUCGGGCACACUAUUGACACGUACCAUCGUAUUCUUCAAUACUCGCAAACUCGCUCAAGCAGCCAGUGAGUACUUGCAGAGCAAAUUACCUGACGACAUGAAGGAUCAAGUGAACUUCCUACAUGCAUGUCGCACGAAGAACGCGCGCAAGCGGGUGAUGAAGGAGUUUCGUGAGGGUAAGAUCAAUAUUUUGUGUGCUACCGAAGCCGCUGGAAUGGGCAUGGACAUACAAGAUAUCAUUAUCUCAGUGCAAUACAUGUUACCCUCGUCACUCUCAGUUUGGUUGCAACGUGCUGGACGUGCCGGACGCAGUGGCGCUCUUGCAUUUGCCAUAUUCUUUGUAGAACCAUCCGUGUUCCAGAAGAAAGGAGCCAAGAAACGAAGCAAGAAAAAGACCACGACGGAAGAGGAACAUGAGCUUCUGGAGGCCAUCGAGCGGUUGCAGGUAGAGCCGGAACAGGAAGGUGAAAUAGCAGGGACUAAUGUCGAGUACAAGAAGAAGACGGAACAAGGGCUGCGGGACUGGAUUGAUGCCGUCGAUUGUCGUCGCCAUGUCACGGAUCGUUAUUUCAGCAACCCGCCAGCUUCGCCCGAUCUUCAAGCUUUGAUGAAAACAGUGGACAGUGAGGGGCAGCAAGAGGAUGUUGACGACACUGUGUUCAUUUGUGAGCAAGCGUCAUCUUUUCCAUGCUGUGACAAUUGCGUCAAGAAACGGCGAAAGGCUGGCGAGGAGUUGUCAGAUGGGGAGAUGCAUGUGAUGAAUUACAUCAACCUCCUUGGUGGAUUCACUGAAGACUCGGACCAAGACUGGGAUAACGAGGGUGAUGAAGACGAGGAUGACGAGGAUGAAGAAGUACCAGAUGCUGACGAGAUGCCGAGAGAGUUUGACCACCUGGCGCACUAA